AUGCUUCGUCUAGUUGGUACUCGAAAGGUUUUGGAAACCAACUGUGUUCCUCUCCGAAAUUGGGAGGCCUGCAUUGAUAAGUGUCUCAUGAAUCGAAUCCAAAAGGAAUGUCGAUGUAUAUUUAGCGCCAGAAAUGAUGGUUGUAAUCUUAGUUCUAUAUCUGGCUGUAGUCUGCAACUGGAUACUAUACAGGAUUCUCUUUCUCUGUCAACCUGCAAUUGCAUUCACCCAUGUGAGCAAACUGUCUACAACUAUGAAUCGAUCACUCAAGCCUGGAAACCAUUCUUCCCCGAUUUUCGGGGCUUCUGGAAAUUUCAAUCCGUCCGAUCUCGUCCCAUUUAUAAUCAAUCCACUCUCGAUACACAAGUAGCUCGUUCUAUAAGUCGAUAUUGGUUCCACUCGCUUAAUCAACAUGAACGAGAUUACCAGCUAACAGCAUCCAUUCAAUUAUGGGCAUUUCUUCGUGAAGCUAACAGAAAAGUAUUCCACGAACUAAUGAGUCUAGAUGAGACUCUGAUGAGCCUUCAACGAAUAAGCAAGGUAAUGAAACGGAUUGUGAAGAUCAUCGGUCAGGCAGCAAAUUACUCAAGAAGUGGAAGAAGUCGUCUAGUGAAAACCUUUCUUCAAUCCAAUGGAAAAGUAAACAGUGCAAUUUUUGAUGAAAACUGUCUUGAUCAAGCUGAACACACUGGAAUGCUUGCUAAAGUCAGCCAACUUAGUGAAGCAUUUACAAAUCGACUGCAGGAGUCCUUUCUCUUUGAUAUGAGUCAACAGAGUGUUCAACUGAACUUAAUUAUGAUUUUACUCCAGAGAAGUCCAGCUGAUUUCUCCAGACUUCUGAAUGAUCUGCGAAUUAGCGAUCUCAUAUCAGAUGUUACUGUUCUCGAUCUUCGACGAAAUGGACAAAAGUGCCUUGAUGCUGCUUACAACCUCAAUGGACUACUGAGCAAUUUUAGUAUUAAAGAUCUUUUUCCAAAAAGCAAUUCAUCUUCUGUGAAGUCAGGAAAUUUGCCUACAGGAAGUGAAAAUAUCAUAUCUUCGCUUCAAGCAAUGCUUUUGGCAAUAGAUUCAAAUUUGAACAAAUUGAGCUCCGAAUUUUCUCGCCUAUACGAUGAGAAUAAGAUUCUGAUAUUGGAGAUGGGAGGCCUUUUAUCAUAUCAAUCGUCAAUGGAACAGCGACAUAGUCGAGUGGCUGUAACGGUGCACAUAUCUCCCAAGCAAAGUCGGUCAAUAAGACUGAAAUCUACUGAAAGCGUAUUCAACAAAAAUGUGGUUCUUGCUGAAGGCAUAUGCUCCACGAUCUGGGAAUGCAGACUUUGGCCCAGCAGUCGUAUUUCAAACGACUUAAUCAAACGUCAACUUACUGGAACCGUGUUUGAGCAGAAUUUACCCUCCUCUGUCUCUCCCUCACCAUUGUCUCAACAGCACCAAUACCCAACGCUUGCAGAUGUCCCUAUACCAACCAUUUCUUCGCCAAUGCCUCAAAGAGCCACCCCUCACUAUGUCUACAGCCUUUCUCGAGGAGAUGGAAUAAUUCCCCAAACAUAUGCUGUGAAAUGGAACCAACUUACACUUGCUCGACCACUUAAGCCAAGUGGUGGUCAGGAGUUUUGUAGACAGUCUAAGCAUUUGCAACCACAACCGGCCUCAUCGUCUUCGCAACAAUUUAGACAACACCAGAAUCCGUCGCAUCCACUUUUCUUGAAUAUUACAGAUUCAACUACAGGGAUUAAUUCACCCUCGACGUCCUCACGUUUGCCGUCUGAUGUCGUGUAG